UUCUCCUUUUGAAUUAUACAUUCACUAGCUACAGUUAACUAGCUAGCUAGCUAUAUUUUUUCAGACAAUUUGAGAUGCUUUUGUUAGUAGUAUUAGCUAUUAGCUAGCUGGUCAUUAACUGCAAUGUGUAUUGAUCUUUUUGAUCAGAAUAUCAGUGCUGUGUAAGAAUUGUGUGAAUUUUAGCCCUCGUAAAAUUUAUGAGGAACAAAACUAGGAGCAAGAAUCUGUGUAACUGCAGGAAAAAUAAUAUCUGAAUGCGACUAGUAAAGUGAAUACAGAUGGGGCUAAAAAGCAAGAAAUAGGUCACAUGGUUAAUUUAUAUACCAACUUGUAAUGCAUCAUGGAAUGGCCAAAGGGGGAUGUCUAUGAUGAGCACAUGGUAGUGUAUGAAAUGCUGAGCACAUACCACUUUUUUGUACUUGGAUUGCUUUGUAUCCAAAUGCUGACAACAACAAGUGAAAAUGUAAAACAAAGAGGAUACUUUCCUGAAGAACGAAUGAACGUUAGUUCAAUUAUUCGAUACUAUGGUUAUCCAUGUGAAGUACAUGAAGUUAUUACAGCCGAUGGAUAUGUUUUAAUAAUGCAAAGAAUUCUCCCUGGUCUUAAACAUAAUUUUAAAGGACAAACGGUGUUUCUUCAGCAUGGCUUGUUGGAUUCAGCUGCCACCUGGAUUAUGAAUACUCCAGAUAAAAGCUUAGCCUUUAUACUGGCUGAUGCUGGGUAUGACGUAUGGUUAGGUAACAGCCGAGGGAACACAUAUUCCAAAAAACAUUUGAAAUAUACAACAAAAGAUAAACAAUUCUGGGAAUUUAGUUUUGAUGAAAUGGCCAAGUAUGAUUUACCCGCAUCUAUUUACUAUGUACUUAACGUCACUGGCGCCCAACAAAUUUACUACGUUGGACAUUCUCAAGGCACUACAAUAGGCUUCAUUGAGUUCGGUCGAAAUGUUAACCUAGCCAGAAGGAUUAAGACAUUUUUUUCACUUGCACCUGUCACAACCGUUGGUCAUAUCAAAGGUGCUUUGAAGGUACUAUCACCUAUCGAGCCAGAGAUACAGUACAUGAUUCAACUACUUGGGAUAAAAGAGUUCCUACCAUCCAGUGCUGUCACCAAGUUUCUUGGCGAGGCUGUGUGUGGUGCUGGCCGCAUUAUGGAAGAGACAUGCGGAAAUAUUUUAUUCCUGAUGUGUGGCUUUGAUACAAAGAACUUAAAUAAAACUCGUGUACCUUUGUACUUGUCUUUAUAUCCAGCUGGUACUUCCGUGAGGGAUGUCAUCCAUUUUGCUCAGAUGGUACGGACUGGAAAGUUUCAAAUGUACGAUUAUGGAGAAGUUGGGAAUAUUCAACAUUAUCACCAGCCAGUGGUUCCGAAGUAUAAUGUUAGCUCUGUGAACACACCGGUUGUGAUGUUUUCGGGAAGCCAUGAUUGGCUAGCCGACCCAUAUGAUGUUAAUAAUAACCUGAAACAACAGCUCCCGUAUUUGGUUUACUCGCAAGAUUUGCCGGGUUGGAAUCAUUUAGAUUUUGUGUGGGGUAUGCGAGCCCAUGAAAUGAUUUAUAGUAAAAUAGUGAAAAUGAUGAAUGAUGCGGUUUGAAAUCGCAAUGUGGGUGUUUGUUACUUUACUUGAGUUAAAUGUUCUGUGCCGAAGUUUUACAUAUUUUAUACUUAUCUAAAUUCCAAAACGCAAUCACAACAGUAAGUAAUCGACAGUACUCACAACAGUAAGAAUUAAAUUUGCAUUAAUUUAAAUUUGAAUUAAUUUUGUAAAGGUAAGAAAACAAAGCGAACCCAUGAGGUAUUCUUACUAAUACGUAAAUGUCUUGUUGUUCGUUCUACGAGGAUAAUUUUAUAUUUUAACAAAUAUUUGUGUCUAAAUUUUUAUACAAUUAGUAUUCUUAUAUAUAUAUAUGGAAGAUUAUGAUACCUAGAAUAUAAAAUAAUAAUUAUCAGAUUUUUGAACAUUUGUAAUAUCGGAGGGGCAAAUUCUUGAUAUUUUCUUUAAAGAUAGUAGCAACUCUACCAAACUUAUUUUUUCUUCAUGUACCUCUUGUCGAUCGUUUGGGUGUAGUCAG